UUUAAAACAAACUGGCCCCGGUCCGCAGUCCAAACCGUCCGCCGGUGGCCACGUAUCCCCCCUCGGUUAACCAGGAGCUUUCCCACGACGUCUGACUCAUUUCACCGGUUUGUUUUCUCGAAACUUACCGCAAAACGUUAAUUUCCACCAAGUUGACGGACUUUUUGGUGUGUUUUUUUCGAGCGGGGGCAAACUUUUGAAUGAGCGUUUCCCGCUGGGACGGCGGCGGGAGGAGGAGGAGGGGUCGUCCCGGGUAUCUGAUCUGGGAUCUGCUCCUGCUCUCAGACACACAGACGGCGGCUUCUCCCGGUCUGAGCGGCUCGGGAGGACAACUUUGACCGAGACAAACUUUUAAUUCGAGUUUACGAAGAGAAGAAAACGGAGGCUGGAAAAGUUUCGUCUUCACCCGGACUGCUGUUUUCGGACAAAACCUACUUUUCCCCGCUGGAAAAACAACAUCAGUUAUUGCGUUUAAUUUAUUUCUCCGCUUUGACUUCAAAAUGGAUAAAUACGAGGAUUUAGGGCUGGAAGCGAGUAAAUUCAUCGAGGAUUUAAACAUGUACGAGGCGUCCAGAGACGGGCUGUUUCGAAUGAAGAGGGAUGCUGGGAAUAAUCCCGACUUUGAGGAAACCAGGAGAGUGUUCGCCUCCAAGAUGACUAAAAUACACAUCCAGAAGCAGCAGGAGGAGAUAGCCAAGAACAACCAGGCCAUCAAGAUGAACGGGGGCCACAAUAAUUCCCAUUACACCAAAGACAGACCCCCCAUCAACAACUUCAGACAGCCGGGGGAGGCGGCGGCCAAGCCCCCCAUGCUCUCCGGUCCCGCUCCGGGGGGACAACAGCCGGAACCUCCACCCGCCAGGCCGUACGGCUACGGAAACCCAUACGAGACAAACUCCUACCCGCAAAUAAGCCCCCCUCCUCCGCCCGCUGCGCCCGCGCAUGCCCGACACCCCGGCACCUCAGCUUGGACCCCUCCCAGAGAGUUUGAGCAGCAGCAGCGUCCACAUCCCCCCUCCUCUGUCAACAGCCCCCCAGCACAGCACACCCAGGCUGGCACCUCCAGUCCUCCUGGGAAGUCCAGAAGCUGGUCUGAAGGCUCCUCAGACUCCCCUAACCCAGACUCCAUCCCUGCUUUGCCCCUGAGUGCUUUCACAGGCGGAGAGGACUUCCAUCUGCAGCCAGCCUCCACCGGCCCCCCCUUCAGCAGGUCCUCCACCCACAAUGGUCCUGAAGCUGCUUCUGCAUCACCUGAAACACCUCAACCCAAAAGCAACGCCUUAAGUCCCGGCACCGUCUCCAAAAGCACCAGUCAGGCCGCAGGUCGAAGCCCGGUGCCUCUAACCGGACAGGCCAGCAUCCCCAAAGUUGAAGGCCCCCCUAAGCUGUCUGCUGAGACCCCUGAACAGGGGCUAUCAGCUGCUGAGAUGAAGCUGGAGGCCAUCACUAAGAGGCUGGAAAAAGAGAUGGAUGCCCAGCCCAAGGCAGACUACUUUGGAGUCUGCAUCAGGUGUAACAAGGCCGUUUAUGGAGCCAGCCAGGCCUGCCAGGCCAUGGGCAGCCUCUACCACGACAGCUGCUUCACCUGCACUGCUUGCAGUAGGCGGCUGAGAGGAAAGGCUUUCUAUUAUGUUGGAGGGAAGGUCUUCUGUGAGGAGGACUUCCUGUACUCUGGUUUCCAGCAAUCGGCUGACAAGUGCAACGCAUGUGGACAUCUCAUCAUGGAUAUGAUCCUGCAGGCUCUGGGGAAGUCCUACCACCCCGGCUGUUUCCGCUGUGUCAUCUGUAACGAGAGCCUGGAUGGAGUCCCCUUCACCGUGGACACCGAGAAUAAGAUCUACUGCGUCAAGGACUACCACCGGGUCCUCGCACCUAAAUGUGCCGCCUGCAACCAGCCUAUUUUACCUUCAGAGGGCUCUGACGAAACCAUCCGCGUGGUUUCCAUGGAAAAGGACUACCAUGUGGAAUGCUAUCACUGCGAGGACUGUAAGAUGGAGCUGAACGACGAGGAGGGUCACCGCUGCUACCCUCUGAACAGCCAUCUUCUCUGCCACUCCUGCCACUUGAAGCACAUCCAGCCGGGCUGCCCCUCUCCUGCCCCGGCCUCCUCCUUCUAACCGCAGACGGAGGGAGACACCUGCUGGCCGCCAGGAGGAACUGUCAAACAUGGCGUCUGUUCAAUUCUUGUUGUAGAGGAUUGAUGGAGGCGUCGCACUCUUAAGGAAUGAACUCUGAAGACUGAUAUGAAGUAUUGUGAUUAACCAAAGCUGAAUGCAGACGUGUUGCCGUAUGAUUAUCCUCUGAGGUGUAUCUCGUCUUUGUAAACGUGUCCUUGUUGCCGGUAAACUGUGUGCCUUCUCUUUCAUAUUUGCACUUCAACGGCAAUUAUUCACUUUCAGCUGGAGACACAUUCAUCUUCCUUUCAGAGGUGCUAACUCACACAUUACUGACAUAAAUCACUGGAGCCUAAUGGUUCAGGCUGACAUCAAUCUGCUGGCUGUUGGAAAACGACGUGCCUUUAAUAAUCUGAAUAGUAAAUGGUAAAAGUACCGGUCAGAACAUUCUCAAACAGACAGAUUGCAGUGCUGAGUGGGUAAAAAAUUAACUCACAGUCUCUGAUAAAAGCACUUAGACUGACUUUUCUAUGCACAUAUAUAUACAGGGCCGUAGAUCAAUGUAUUAAAUAUUUUUAAAUAUAUAUAUAUUUGUAGGUUUGCAGGUGAAUAUUUUUAUAUAGAUGCAAGUUAUGAGUGGAUUUAAAGAACUUAUUUGUAAAUCCGCACAGUUUGGUUCAAUUCUCCUUAAAUACUAACCAUUUUUGCAGAGUAAGCAGUUUUUUUUCCCCCAAAAACCUUUCCUUACUCGAGUUUUCAGUUUAAUAUUUAAGCUUUUCUUGUUUUUGAAGGCCAGCUGUUGGAUGAAGAGCAAACGUAAACCCAACGCUGUAUGAUUAUUGCAAAGAAAAUGUUUAAUAAACAUCAGUGGGCCAACCCCCGCUUUGAA